AGAAUGGGUUUUGAUAAAUGCAUGAAAGAGGGCGAAAAUCUAGAGCAAAAGGAUGUCGAGAACAAAUCUCCAGCCUUGGUUGAAAAAUGGUUAGAUAAAAGCUAUGACGCAUAUUGCAAUGCAGCUUUGGCGGCUAUGAGUCGUACACAGAAAGAGAAAGCCCUUGCGUGCAUACAGAGGUCACUAGAAAGAAAACGGGUCUUUUACGCUGACAACCCGAGGAGGUGCAGCGACAUAAACGGGGUGAAACUAAGGAACAUAUCGAAAAUGUUUUACUGGAUGAGCUAUCUGCAACUGGUUUCCGAUGAAAGAGUUUCGGAUUUUGAACAUUUAUCGGACAAGAUUGAUUUGUUGGUGGACGACUUCGAGGCGGCAGCUCCUGAAUUGAGCAGGGACUCAAUUCUUUCUGCUAUGGCUGAAGGAACCCACAACUCAUCAGUUGCUGUGAAAGGCCUAAUUUUCUUCAAGAAAGCAAAAUUUUUCUUCAACAGUGGCGUUGUCUACGGCGAAAAAAACGAUAUAAAACUGGCGAAAUACAAUUUUGAGGAGAUUCAGCGCCCUGUCGAGGAGUUUCAUAAAGUCUUCAAUGAUGCUCAGAAAGUUUCCUCUGUUUCAUCCAAAGACCGGGAGCAGCUUGAUGAAAUUAAAGAGGAGGUCAGAAUCUUAGAAGACGAGACGCUCACUGAGAUGACUCAAGUCAUUGGACGUUUGUCGCUUGCCGCUGCAAACGAGAAGCACGAAGAGGUCAUGAAAAAUCAAGAGACUCUAGAUUUUGACUUGGUGUACUACGUGUAUGAUUUGUACCACCAUGCUUUGUCACAAGUCCGUGAUAAAGAUGUUGAACUGGAGUCAGAAAUUUUGAGCAGAAUGGGGACCUAUCAAUUAAAGGUACUCAAAAUGUCCAACAGUAGAAACAAGGCAAAAGAGUACUUCAAAAUGUGCAUCGAACUGGCGUUAUCAUUGCAUCCCAAAAAUGUUACUACCGAAAAUUGGUACAAAGAAGCUGAGGAUAACUUGCGCGACCUCCAAAAAGAUGUCCUGAAAAGUGAGCAUGAAAAAGACAGCGAGGAAAAAAAGAAGUAUGCAAAAGAAUUAUUGGAGGUUUCAGAGUUCCUCGAUUAUUGUAGGUCAACUGCCUGUUACCAACUGAAGAGAGAAGUUCUAGCAAUCAUUACGAAGUAUCCACCGAAAGUGAAGGGAUUUAACGCGGAGAAGUUUGAGGCAUUGGAUGAGCAAGACUCUAAAAAAGGCGCAGCCAGCAGUCUCAGGUGGGGGAAAGAAUCCACUGGGCAUCACGGAAUUCUGGCCAGCGAAAUGCACGGAACCGCCAAUGAUGUGGGAAUUUUGGAUUAA